AUGGCUCUCGAUCAGCUGGAUAUACUGGAGUUCUGCAUGCUCACGGUUAUGUCCUACGACCGAUACCUGGCCAUCUGCAGUGCUCUGUACUACGAGGUCAUCAUGGACCACAGGACCUGCAUUGAGAUGGCAGCGACAUUCUCCCUGCCUUUCUGCAGGUCCCAUGUGAUCACACAGUUUUUCUGUGACAUCCCGUCGGUAAUAAAACUCUCCUGUUCUAAAACGUAUACUGCCUUCAAGGUGGCUGUAGCCACUGGUGCCUGUUUCAGUGUCUUCUGCUUCGUGUCCAUCGUCGUCUCGUACGUGCGCAUCUUCCGGGCCGUGCUGAGGAUGCCAGCCUCCGAGGGCCGGGCCAAAGCCUUCUCCACCUGCCUGCCCCAUAUCGUCGUCGUCACCGUUUUUAUCUCCACAGCCGCCUUCGCUCACUUAAAACCGACUUCCAGCUCGUCCUUUCAGCUGGACCUGCUAGUAUCCGUGUUCUACACGGUGGUUCCCCCCAUCUUCAAGGCAUGA